AUGGGCCGCUUUGUGAUCAAACAUCUUAGCCCAUUUGAUAUUAAGGAGAAAGCCUACUUGCAAGAAUGGUACUACGGUUUCAAAUCGAACUUUGGGAAAACAUUCCCCACGGGGAGAGAAUACCUCUCCCUUCCCCUUGAGGAGUAUCAAAAGCUCUUCUCUGGAAAACCAGCGGAAAUUUGUCAGGCGGUGAAUGCCAUGGAACAUGCCUUCCACUCGUGUUUCACUCAACUUCUAGAACAACAGAAAGUGAUGGUGGCCGUGGGAACUUAUGACCGAGCCCGGGUUGAGAACGAACUUAUCCCUCAGUCCCAAAGUAACGAAUUGGAAUUUAUGGUGAAAAACGGAUUCCGUCUUAUGGAGUUACAAACAAAGGCUGCUCAAGGAAACUACACACCUUUGUUAGACUACCUCUUGGCAUACUCAGCCGACUCAAACGAGAUCUGGAAAACUUUCAUCAUGGCGCUUGCAACUACGAACCGAACCUUGAAUUGGAAGCAAAAAAAAGAGUUUAUCGACCUCAUCUACGAGGCACGAGUCUCACUGACUGUUAUAGGCGAACAAAUUGAUGUUUGGUACAGGUAUCUUAGAGCUGAUCAUAAGUCUUGGUUCUCCAGACUGUCAAAAGAUUCGAAGUUUGACAAUCGAAGAAUAUAUAAAAGAGAUGAAUAUAAAUGA